GUAAAUAUGGGUAGCCGAUGGAUUCUGUUGCUCGUGGUUGCAGUGAACCUGGUGCACUGCAAUGAGAACGAAAUCAAAGAUCCCACGCCAAUUGUGUAUGAACCAUCAUGGGUGUUCAAAUGCAUCCCGAACGUGGGUUGCCAACGAGCAGCGCACCCUCAGUCGAUGAUGACCACGAACUCUUCGCACGUCUUCUACGACAGCAUAGAUCUGUGCAGGACGGUCUGCGGAAGAUUCGGGGGCAUCUGGCCCAAGCCGCUGACGGCGGGACUUAGCAUGCAGACGGUGCAGAUGCAUCCUACGCAUCUUAGAUACUGGAAGCAUUUGGCAGAAACUGAAGUUGACAGGACCGAGUCCUUACAACUUAGUGUCUGCAUACACUUAAAUCUAACGCAUCUCAGGAUCCUUUGCGAUAUUCAUCACUAUUUCUUUCCCAGAUACGGCGCAUACUCAUCAUCCGAAAUCUACUCUGCAGAAGAAGUGCGUCAGUUGAUCAAGUACGCCCAGAUUCGUGGUGUGCGAGUCGUCAUUGAAAUCGACUCUCCUGCGCAUGCAGGAAAUGGCUGGCAGUGGGGACAGGACUACGGCUUUGGUGACCUAGCAGUCUGUGUGAAUACUGAGCCCUGGCGAGGACUGUGUAUCCAGCCUCCGUGUGGCCAACUGAACCCUGCUAACCCUACUAUGUACAGGGUCUUGAGAAACCUGUACAAGGAUCUAGCAGAAGCUCUGCCCAAACCUGCCCUUUUCCAUAUGGGUGGUGAUGAGGUAUUCUUCCCAUGCUGGAACUCAAGCGAGCAAAUCCGAGCAUACAUGCAAGAGAAGGGUCUCAAUACAACAACGGAAGGGUUCCUUCGGCUUUGGUCGGAGUUCCACGAGACCAUACUUUCCAUUUGGGACGAGGAGCUGAAGGCAAUAGGGACCGACGCCCAGCCAGUGAUACUCUGGUCUUCGGCGCUGACCAAGGCAAACUACAUACAGAGGUUCCUCAAUAAGGACAGAUACGUCAUCGAAGUCUGGGAACCCUUAGACAGUCCUCUCCUAAUGGAACUGCUUCGUCUCGGCUACAGAACUAUCAGCGUCCCCAAAGAUGUUUGGUACUUGGACCACGGUUUCUGGGGUUCCACCAAGUUUUCCAACUGGAGGAGAAUGUACGCGUAUAUCCUGCCAAAGAGCCAGCACAUGUUGGGAGGAGAAGUUGCUAUGUGGAGCGAAUAUGUGGAUAUGGAUGUUUUAGGUGUUUUGGAUGCGUUUAUGAACUAA